UGCGCAUGCUCAGACGACGACUCUGUCGGCUGCAUGAAAGUGUUUUCGACGUUCCCGCAUGCAACACAAGCACAGCACACGUGUUUUCUAAUCGUUUUAAUGAACAACUCUGGACAUUUGUAAGAGACACAGCAUUUGUCGCGUUUUCUGCACUCCAUGGUUCGAUUCAGCGCCGCUUGAAACCGAGGGUAUCUACGAUGGUGCGUAAAUUGAAGUAUCAUGAACAGAAGCUGUUGAAGAAAGUUGAUUUUAUAUCAUGGGAAGUUGACAACAACCUUCACGAGGUGAAGAUGAUGAAAAAGUACUUCAUUCAGAAGCGGGAAGACUAUACUAAGUACAACAAGCUUUCUAGAAGCAUACGGGAGUUAGCGCGGAAGAUUAAGGAGCUUGACGCGAAGGAUCCAUUCAGAGAAAAAUCGACGCGGGAAUUACUGGAGAAACUCCACUCGAUGGGUCUGAUCACAACGAAGGAGAACUUGGAACUGUGUGAUCGCGUAACAGCAAGUUCGUUUUGCAGGCGAAGACUUCCCGUGAUCAUGGUACGAAAUCAGAUGGCUCAGCAGCUCAAGAUGGCCACCCAGUUUGUCGAGCAAGGGCAUGUUCGUAUUGGACCUGAUCUGGUCACUGACCCCGCGUUUUUGGUGUCGCGGCAACUGGAAGACUUUGUCACGUGGGUGGACUCCUCAGCCAUACGAAAACAUGUGGCUGAGUACAACGAUAUGAGGGAUGAUUAUGACCUGCUGUAAAUAGCGAAUAUAAUAAAUUGUGCACAUAAUUCCA